AUGUGUGAAACAAAAGCAAUCGAUUUGAAUGGAGACACGACGAAGGAAAUUUCCGACAGUUUUCUUUACACCUUGGACACGCUCAAUUGUGGAAAAAAUUUCACAAUUCUUCUCUUUCGAAACCCGCUCGGCUAUCAAGUAGAUGCAUCACUUAAUGGAAUAAAAAUCGAUUUAUUCAAGGACGUUCAAAACAAUCUCACAUCUCUGCUGCUUCCCCCCGGACAACUAAUCAUUCAAAUCACUCAACUCGAGUCAAAUGUCACUAGUUUUCACAUGCUUGUUUUUGGAGACACCCUCAACUAUUCCAUUCACUCGAGUAGAAAUAUCCAACCGGACAUCGGCCCGUGGACAGUUUCUCCAUUGAAAGCCGGUGAUAAAGGAAAAUAUUUGAUCUAUCAAGGUUCAAGCCUUACCUCACCUAUACAAGUUGGGAUCGAAAUCAGUGUGAUGGGCGAUUGCCCGAUUCGUUUAUGGAAAGGAUACAAUGAAAUCAAUAGUGCUUUACUUUAUGGUGGAAUUGGAACGAUUUGUGGCCGAAAUUUCUAUCGCAGUGUGAAACCAAGAUUUAUUUUUGAUCGCUAUCUAAUUGUCGAGACUGACGGGACAAGCACAAGCGAUUGCAAUGUUACCGUACAUACGGUGAAACUAAAUUCCACACGACACAUCAAUUCCGCUGACGUUCUGACAUUCCCCGCUUGGACAGUACAAUCCACCGAUCAAUCAUUCACCUAUCAUCUAGCAAAUAUCAUGGGACCAACAUGGAUCAAUUUAAAUUUAAUGACACCAUUGCCUACGGGGACAACACUGACUAUUGAUGAUCAAACGGGGAGUGGAAAGAGAAACGUAACCGAUUGCUCAUUUCAAACGGAUUCGCUAUACGCUAUCGUGGAAUACUCGUGGAAAUGCUCACCGGGAUUAUCGUGCGAUGAAGGGCCUCUUUUGAGG